UCUGGUUACACUAAAGUAUGGAAAAACAUGUCGCGAUGUUUUCCUAUUAGGCGAGGGUAAGAAACAAGUUGGAGGGUGCUAACCGCCUACAGAGUGAAUUAACAAGACAUUCGAGAAAACGGUCCUAGUUUCGCCCACCUGGAAAACACUAUCUUCAGUUGAGUGGAACUUCACCUGAUAAACUCUUCCAAGUGUGUGCCGCAAAAGGCCAACUCCGCUGAAAGGCCAAUUCAGAUCCAUGCCGCAUGGACAUCAGUCGCCCGAUAUGACAUAGUCAUUUCUAAUUGAGGAAGAAAUAAACACGCACAGAAAAGCCACAAGGAUUUGGAUUAGACGCAUCGUGGAUUUUCGUUUGCCUGCUGGAGAUGGCUACAAUUUUUUUCGCAGAGCCCGAGCUGGUAAUCGGUCACGGCCGCAGGGUGCUUUUCGUGAACCCCGACGACCUUCAGCUAUUUAAGGAGAUCGAACUACCUCCCGACUUGGCCACCUGUGGUCUCAAGGUCGCCGAUUCCAAGGAGCAGCAUUGCCAGCAUGAGCAACAGGAUGUGGCAGCUGCUGGCAGUGCCAAGCAGCCGAGCAAUACAGCAACCACAUCUGCUUCCAAGGCCAAGGAAAUCGAGGUAACCAUUCAAAAUGUCAGCUACUCGCCGGACCGCCAGUUGCUGGCCAUCACCACAACAGGGGGACAGAAGGCCCUGCUCCUUUACCGCUCCCGCAUGGAGAACGCUCGCUUGCUCUCGGUUCGGCCCCUGGCUCGCGCUUCCAGUGCCCUGCGCUUCUGCAGUGACGGGAGCUCUGUUUUGGUUACGGACAAAACAGGGGACUGCUACCAGUACGACUGUGUCGAGGUGGAGGCCGCCCCACGUCUUCUUCUGGGCCACCUGAGCGUCGUUUUUGAUAUUUUGUGGACGGACGACCAGCAGCACAUUAUCACCUGUGACCGGGAUGACAAAAUUCGGGUCACCAACUACCCCGCCACCUUUGACAUUCACAGCUACUGUUUGGGCCAUAAGGAGUUCGUCUCCGGCUUGGCACUGCUCACAGAGCAGCACAUCGUGUCUGCGUCGGGGGACAAAACAUUGCGAGUUUGGAACUUCAUUGAGGGAAAGGAGCUGUUGGUACACGAACUGCCGGCGCCAGCGGUGCGGCUAGAGGUCCAGCAGUUGGAGCCAGAGAAAGUUUACCAGGUGGCCGUGCUCCUCUAUGACCACGUGGACGCCGUGGCUAUCUACCGGCUGGAACGGAGUAGUGGGGAUAACUGGGCCAUUACGACCACCACAGUGGUGCGUGCCGAAGCCGGCUCGUGGAACAUUUGCAACUUUACUUUAACCGGCAACCGGGUGUAUGUAACCGGAGCCGAGAAUGAAUGCUUGGCCAUAAAGGCAUACGACAUUAGUAGUGGCGAAACAUCUACCAGCGUUCCUGACGGUUGGGUCAAGAUGGUACUUGAGGGUUUGGGAGCACAGGGAGUCGCCUUUCUUCCCGAGGACCUCUCUGUUUGGUUUAAGAAGCGCUUCGACAAUGUCAGCGAUUACUUGGAGCGCAAGAAGCGGCGCAUAGAGGAGCAGCAGCAGCAAAAGUGCGGCUAGAGGAGACCCCUACCUAAAAAAAUCAUCCAACUCUAUCUUUACAUAGCAUUUAAUUAGCAUAUGGAAAAGCAACGGACUAUGUAUGACAGCGCUCUGUUCUGUGGACAUAAUAUAUAUAUCUGUGUAUGUGUGUAAA